UUAUUUCAUGUACCGCUACCCAACUACCGCUUGAAUGAAUGAUUCCCCUCCGAAAUGAAUCAGUCCCGGAUGAACGAGCGAUGAACCCAUCUGGCAAAGCGCGCAAUAAGGAUAGCUCUAUACGGUCGCGCACCGUGCGAGAGUAGGAUGCGUACGUUUCGGGCUCCGGUCGGCCGACCAGAUUCGUCGGUCGCUUCGCAAUGCCGACGCACACAGAGGCUCGUCACUUGGCCCGCGGACGCUGGAGCGCUUUGCGUACAAACUGGUACAACGCCAACCCGUCGGACAACGCUUGAAACCAUCGUCGAGCAUGCAUGCAGGUGUAUGUUGUGCUGCGUACUGUGUUGGUGGUCAUAUCGUACAACGCGCGUCCUUUUCCCAGUUGAAGGAUUGCGUGCGGGAUUGAUUGUGCAUUCUCCCACUAACGAGUGUUGUUGUGUUGAAUCGACUGCAAAAAAGAAGAAGAAGCGAUAGUACACGUGGAAGGGAAAUUGUGCUUUAAUCGAUCAUUAGUGUGUAACGUACGAGUCGUGUGUGGACGUCGACAAAGCACACAAACAUUCGUGCUGUGGCUGGUGAAGUGUUGUGUCCUGUAAAAGUGAAGAGGGAAAGAGAGAGAGAGCGACAGAGCAGUGCGUGAAUUGGCGUCAGUUCGCCAACGGAAAAUGGAAGUGAAAUUAAAUUUGUCUCAUUAAGGGCUGAUUGGAUUUUUUAGCGCACUGUAAGAGCAGUGGCGUGGGAGGGUGUAUUGGUGUCUCUAUGUGUGUGUGUGCUGUGGGGUGUGUAAAUACCGACCGAAAGUGUCCAUUUAUGCCAUCUCCCGGGUGGCGGUGCCAUAUGCUGUCGCUCAAAGUGCCACCGUGUUUCGCUAUUUAAUUCCAUUCGACGUGAAUAGUUUCUGUUCUAGCAGCAACAGAAGAGCCAUUUGGUGCACGAGAACGAGUGUGUGUGUGUGAGUGUGUCGUCUCUAUCUAUCUAACGAUCGGGGAGUCGGGAAUCGAAAUCAAAUCAAAUACGAUCGAAGAAAAGAAAAACGAAACAAGUGGUCUGUUGUAUCGUGAGUAGAAAGAAGUCUCGCCAAGAAAAGUCCCAGGCGCACUGGGGGAAUUGAAUUGAACGUCCACAACGCCUCACGCCCCGGAGGACGACGAUGACCAUGUCGCAUCUACUGAAGCAAACGAAAAAAUGCUGCGCGAAGAUAAUUCGCAAACUGUCCUUCAAUCCGGUCUCGGCGACGAACGGCAGCAGCGGUGGGGCCGACCAGUCACCGACCAACAAUGGCCACGGGUUGAACAAUCGCAUCACGACGGCCAAGUACGUGCUGCACAAGAACUGCACGCCGACCCGGUGCAAGGUGCAGCCGCGGGACGGAACCGUCGUGGACGAUGGCGCCGUCGAGGGCUGGAUGGCCGCAGAAACACGCAUGGCCCCGGACGCGCACGGUGCGUUCUAUCCCCUCGGGGAGGAACGGUCCUCCUCGAACCCAUCGCCACCGCCCAUCCCCGAGACGCAGAACAACUACAAGCUGAGCCGAAGCAUGAAGAACCUGCCGAAGAAGCGCACCAACAUCACCGCCAACAAGAACGUGAACCUGCGCAAAUGCUUCCGAUUGCGCUCCAAGACGUUUGACGGACCGUUGGCACUGGAGGGUGGCGAUGGCGGUGGGCGGACAAUGCAGGAAAGUACGCUCGGAAGCACUCCCUCGAUCGUGGAAGGCGGAAACCACCAUCGUAGUGAAGGCGUUGGAGGCGAACGGCGUGAAACGGUGACGGCGGCUGACUCGAUGACACUGGCGAGCAACAACAGCAGCAGUCGGCUGAUCGGAGCGAAGUUGGACAAGAUCAGCAAGAGUCUAAUGCGGUCCGGGGAUGGGGAGGGUGGUACGCUCGACAUUGCCAAGCCACUGUUCCUGUCCGCGAGUAAACAUCGGCGCAGCAACUACAACCACAUCGAGGGAUGCGAUGACGACGAUAUGGUGAUAAGAGGCAACGAUGCCAACGGGCACUGGAGGCAAGAGGAAGAGCUGGUACUGACAUCCGCCACUGGGACAUCCGCUCUCGGCAGGAGAGAGACCCGCUUGGAGCAGGAAACGACCCUCUCGACGAUGGUGGAGGAGCAAGACCCGGCGGCGGCGGCGGCCGAACAGACGCCGUCGGUGAUGGAGCGGCUGACGGUGGCGGAGACGGCGGCGGCACUGCUCUUCGAGAAGGUCAAGUACGACCGCACCAAGCGCUACCUGAUCGACCAGCUGACGGACGGUGGAGGGGGAGGAGAGCACGGUGCCGCCAGUAGCCCGCCGAGCGCUUCGUCCUGCUGCCCGUCCCCGUUCCAUCUGGCGAAGAGUGAGGACUUUGUCGAUCCGUGGAAGAACUACAACAUCCGGCCGAGUGGGACGGGCUGGGACAAGGUGUCCAAAAGCCCGUGGGAUUCGUCCGCCAAGCCGAGCCCGGUGCGCGGCGAACUCAGCAAAGCACCGCUGACGCACACGUUCGUGGAGAUCCCGCACCAGCAACAGCAGCACCAGUCGCAGCAGCAAACCUCCCUACCGUCCUACCAGCCGAUGCGCACCCACUGGAACCCGUUCGAGUACUCGCCGGCACAUCUCGCGCGGCUUGCCGCGGCCGGAGUCAACGCCCAGACGACUCCCCCGCCUCAUCAGCAGCUGCAGCAGCAGCAAUACCGGCCAGCGUUCCAGGUGCAGACGGACGUCUGGGAGAACCUGAACAGCAAGCACUACGAGAUCGACACGGACGUGGUGUGGCGGUCGACCCGCUGCUCCUCCCGCCGUACCAGCGCCAGCACGGUCGAGACGUGGAUCGACGACGAAACAUUCGACAACUCCUUCAACGAGGAGCUGGAGCGGCGCUGUGCUACGCUGAAGAUUUGCGAGUGAGCUGCGAGUGCGUCGCGGAACAACCGUCGGGAUCAGAUUCCGUCCACCAGAGGCAUAUAUUAGAGGGGUUCCGAGGGAGACACAGAGAGAGAGAGAGCAGCAGCAGAGCGAGAGUGGUCACUCCUUCUCUUCCAUUUUGUGCAGUUUUACAGGGUUUUCCAGGAGUUCUAAUGUAAAGGGGAGUUGGACUGUAUGUAUAGCACCCUUGUUUGACAAUUCCAAUAGGAAUUUCCAAGGAGCCUGUUCAAAACGGGUACCAUAGAGUCCAAUUGCCAACUAUGAGAACCCCUGGAAAACCCUGUGGAGUGUGUGUGUGGAAGAUCUUUUGAA